AUGUUUACCCAAUUACACUUCUCUAAACUACGUAAAAAUGCUAAAGAACCGGUUCGCAUGACAAGCGAGUCUUCCGGAUUUGAUUUAGCAAGCUGUGAAGUUGAGCCUGUUAUAAUUAGACCUCAAAGUAAAGCCAUCAUACCUACAGGUAUUGCUAUUGCUCUGCCACCAGGCUUUAGUGGACGGAUAGCUUCGCGAUCAUCUUUAUCGUGCAAACAUUCAAUUGAAGUUGGUGCUGGUAUCAUUGAUUCUGAUUUUCGUGGCCAUAUUCAUGUUGUAUUGUAUAAUCACUCAAUUACCGAUGAAUACAAAGUCAUGGAAGGUGAUCGUAUCGCUCAGUUGUUGAUUGAGAAAGUUUACCACCCAAAGUUGGUAGAGGUAAAGCCUGAUAUGUUGAUUACCGCUCACGAUGCUGAUAUCAUAAAUAUUGAUGCAGGUGAGGGUUCUUCAACCAGCAAUCAUGUGCAAGAACGUGGAACAAAAGGACUUGGAAAUCAAGAAAAUAAAUAA